AUGUCAAGUACGGCGUCUUCAUCCUUCUUGGAAGAUCCUAGACUGUUUUUAAAUGAAGACUCUACCUUGAAUGUGAAGCAAACGAUAUCAAACUUACAAUUUCAAUUGUCAACAUUACAAACAGAGAAGAAGCUUUUGCAACUGGAAAAAGAGUCAGCAACAUUAAGUUAUGAGGAUCUAUUGAUAAAGAAGAAUGAGGAGUUGAAGAAGUUGCAAGGAAAUUUCGAUUUCAUGUAUGAACAGAAGAAAGAAUUAGAUUCUAAGCUAGAGAACCAGACACAGAUAUCAAAUUCAAAGCUAGAAUCUCUUCGUCAAGAAGUCCAUAACUUGACCAAGGAGAACCACGAGCUUCAGGAGUGGAGCAGAAAUGCUGAGUCUAAACAGAACAGCACGCUAAAGCGCUACGAGCAAGUCAGGUCAGAUUUUAAUUUUCAAUUAAAGAUCAAUGACGAAUUAGAGGAGCAAAUAAGGAGUCUCAAGAAUGAAAUGGCCAGAUUACAAGGCUAUAAUGAUGAUCUCUCGCAUAAGUUAAGUGGCUUAUCGCUGCAAUUAACAUCGAAUCCUCAAACCCAGUUGCUUGGAUCCUUACAGAGUAAAAAUUUAAGCUUGCAAAAGACAAAUAAUCAGCUUCAAUUAAAAGUCGAUCAACUUUUACAGAACAAAACUUCUGUUGAAUUGCUCAGGCAAAAGAAUCUAUCAUUGGUGUCGCGAGUAACUCACUUGGAGAACUUAGAGGAAAGAUAUUAUCAAAUGGAAAUUGAGAAUUUGGAGUUGAAAUCCAAACUUCAAGACUUUUUAAGAAUUAUGGAUACUUCUAUAAAGAGCAAUGAGAAAGAAUCGAUAGAAGUUAAAAUCUAUAAAUUCUUGAAUGUAUUUAAACAACUACAAGAUGAGAAACUUAUUAUUCGUGACAGGUAUUCUCAGGCUCAAGCAGAAAUGAACUCAAUGAGAGCUGAUAAUUUAAAACAACAGGAUACAAUUGAAAAUGAUCUUGAACCAAAGUUGAAGUCUAUGUAUGAAUUAGUAAAAUCUAAGGAUCAACUAAUCGAUAAAUUAGAGAGACAAAAAUUAUUAAACUCGAAAGAAAUCGAGUAUUUGAGAGAUCUGCUCAAAGAAUUGGACAAAGCUCAUUUGAAAAAUAAAAAAGAGCUGAACCCAACUGAUGGUAAUGAAACACAUCAGUAUUUGACAAAUCUUGAGAAAUUGGUCGACGACUAUAAGAAUGAAAUCGGUAAGCUACAGAAACAGCUAUCAGAAGAACUUAAAGAAAAAGGAGCCUCGCCAAUUGGACAAAAAAGAAAGAAAAUCGAUCGAGAUGACUCAAUCACUAUUACGAUUAAUACACAGCUUCAUAAUUUGGAGAACGAAAAUAUAAAGCUUAGAUCAAAUACAAUGGAUCUCGAAAGAAGAGUGAGCGAAUUAAACGAUAAGAUAAAAAAUUUAGAAACGCUUAAGCUGAAAAGAAGUCAGUUGCAAAUCUUACAAUUGAAAUCAAAUCCAGCUUCAAGAGAUCAAGCUGUUAAGCAGCAGACGUUAGAUGCAUUAAGGAAAGAAAACGAAGAUUUGAUAAAAAAGUACGUUAAGAAGGACACUAUCGAGGAGUUGAUUCCAAAAUCAGUUUUUGAGCGAGAAGAAAACGACAAAGAAUUACAACAGAAGAAAAUAGAUCAGCUCAACAAGCGUAAUAAUAGAUUACGAGAGAUAUAUGCAAAGAAGAGUAAGGACAUUUUGUCAAUAAUCUCUAAAUACUUCGGCUAUACGAUUGAGUUUCUACCAAGCCCAAUCAAUCCGAACGAUUUAGCAUCUAGGCUUAAACUUGUAUCUAAGUAUAUUAAUAAUAAGGAAACAGUUGGCAACGCACACUUAAUAAUAGACCUUGAGUCAAAGACCUUAAAGGCGUAUGGCAACUACGAAUUUAAAAGCUUAUGUGAGGAUCUAGUUGACAAUUGGGUUAACGAAAAAGGACAGAUACCUUGCCUAUUAAGCGCUUUGAACUUGAAGAUAUAUGAAAAGUAUGUACUUGGGAAAUAA